AUGCCAGCCAAAAUCGUCAUCCUGGGAGCCGGAUUUGCCGGGCUUUGGAGCGCACUGGCAGCCCAGCGUCUCAUCAACCUCGCCAACCAGACCGGCAAUAUCAAAGUACUGGUCAUUGCUCCUAGUGCAACUCUGGUCCUCCGCCCUCGUCUCUACGAGGCAGACGCUGGCAAUAUGAUCCACCCACUGGGUCCCCUUUUCGCGGCCACUGGCAUUGAGUUCUGCCCGGGGACCGCCCAGAGCAUCGAUGUCAAGGCGCGCAUGGUUCAUACACAGUCCACCGAUGGAGCCGAAUACGACGUUCCGUAUGAUCGCCUUAUCUUGGCUACCGGAAGCUCCGUCGUUCAACCGCCAAGUAUCACUGGGCUUCGCCAACAUGCGUUUGACGUGGACUCUCUAAAGUCUGCUGCGAAGCUUGACGCGCAUCUGGCCACACUCCAGUCUCUGGACACCAGCCCUGCGCGAGAUACCGUGGUGGUCUGCGGGGCUGGUUUUACCGGAAUCGAAUUGGCCGCGGAACUACCCAAGCGAUUGGGUCAUAUUGCCAAUCUGCGGGUCAUCCUGGUAGAUCAGGCUGAGGAUCUCGGUCCCGAGCUGGGACCGGGUCCGCGUCCAGUCAUCACACAAGCCUUAAGUGAGCUCGGCAUUGAGAGUCGAUUGGGCUCGGGCAUCCAAGCCGUGGAUGCGGAUGGUGUCACCCUCAUGUGCGGAGAACGCAUUGCCACCAAAACGGCCAUCUGUACGGCCGGGGUUCGGGCCACUCCCCUCACGCAGCAGAUCCCGGGACCAAAAGACUCACUCGCACGAGUCUUUGUUGAUGAAUGGCUCCGUGCCCCGUCUGCCAAGCAUAUCUUGGUCACUGGCGAUGCCGCGUGCGCCAUGGCGGACAGGGAAGGGCACUAUGCCUUGAUGUCCUGUCAGCAUGCCCUGCAACUGGGUCGGGUGGCGGGCCAUAAUGCAGCAGCCGAUCUCCUGGGUGAGUCUCUGGUGAAAUACUCCCAAGCAGCCUAUCUGUGCUGUCUGGACUUGGGCAGUUGGGGGGCGGUGAUCUCGGGGGGCUGGGAGCGGCGGGUCCAAAUGUCCGGGGAGAUGGCGAAGCGCGUCAAGUGCUACAUUAACCAGAAGUUGAUAUAUCCACCGGAGGAUGCGCAUGACGCGUUGCGGGCUGCGAACCCAACUGGACCAGGCUCAGACGAGUUGCUACAACAGAUUCUACAGGUUGUUUGA